GGAAUAUUCAAGAUAAAGGUGCCGAAGUUUUCAGCAAAGACCAAAGAUCAAAAUUUUUCUUUUGAAAAGGAUUUGCAAGUUAGAGAUGAAAAGAAAACACCAGAAUCAUUUGAAUUCUAACUGAUGGAAUAAAGGAUACAAUAUUUCAGAUGGGGAGACCUUUGUAAAAUUCAUCACUUGUUAUGCACCCAACAGGGAACAUGGAUGUUGGUUUUUCUCGUUCUGCUGUUCAGACACUGUCAAGAAGCCACUGUAAAAAUAUCAAACAAAAAAUUUCUCAGUGGGAAGGAAGAACAAAUGGUAUAUCUAAUCCAGAUAAGUGGCGUCCAAAAGACUUUGGAGUGAGAUAUAACUGUCACCAGGAGAUUCUUCCCAAGAAAAAAACUGUUGCUGAGGGGAAAAGUGAAAAUUUGAAUGUGUGCAAUUCUCAAAAUGUGGGUCUGGAUCUGAGGGAAGAUGCCAAAAGCCGUGAUCAAAGUGAGGAUGAAUGUGACAAAUAUGAAUAUGAUGGUGGACACUUCUUUAAAAAUGAGUCAAAAAGCAAUUGGGUAUGUUCUCGGGUCAAACAAUUUGAAAGCUGGAAAGAAGUUUUGGACUCAGAAACAUCAUUACCUCCAGGAAACUUCUAUACCUCCCAAAUAUUGUGGAAGAAAAUAGAAACACUUCCUCCAGAUAAAGUCUUCAAUUUGGCUUUAGAACAUUGUGACUCUUCAAAAAAAGAACUAAAUUUCGGAGUUCUGGAUAGUUCAUAUGGAAUAACCAAGAGCUUAGAAAACAUUUACUCUGAACCUGAGGGGCAAGAAUGUGGACCUUCUGUAAAUCCUUUGCCAAAACCUCGUAGGACGUUCAGAUACUUGUCUGAAACUGGUGUUAAGUCAUGUAAAGAAAGAAACUGUGACAGAAAAUACUGUGAAAAUAAUUCUUGUGCAGAAUCUGCUUUUAUCCCUUCUCAGGAACCAGAACCAAAGAAAUAUGGUGGAAAAAUCAGAGGGAGAUCGAAAAGAAAAUCUUUUGAAUUUGAGGAUAUUCAGCACUUUCGAAAUCGAAACACACAGAAGAUUCAUGAAGAACUUGGAAGAAAUUCUGGUUCAGGACUUUAUUACACACAGUCUGAGGACAAUAUCUAUGAGGAUAUCAUAUAUCCUGCCAAAGAAAAUCCUUAUGAAGAUAUUCCAAUACAACCUUUGCCCAUGUGGAGAUCCCCUUCUGCCUGGAAGCUACCACCCCCAAAAUGUGCUUUCAAAACACCCAAGCUUCCUCCCAAGCCUCAAUUCCUUCUCCGAAAAACUAUGGAACUGAAAAACUCACAAGCUUAUUUACGAUCAAAGCUCACAAAAGAUGCUACUUUGCCUGUCACUUUAACUGAAUGGAAGCUAUUCCGAGCUGGAGAAGUUGCAAACAGGAAAAGGAAAAAUCUUCCAAGGUUUGUGUUGAAAAUAGAUGACAUAUUUGAGUCUAAGAGAGGGAAAAAAAGGGUAAAGUUACACCCUUACACUGGGAAAGAACUGCCUCCCUCAAAAGGUGAAACCAGUGGGAACGAAAGUGAUGCUGAGUAUCUGCCAAAGAAUCGCCAUAAGCGCUUAGCACAACUGCAGCAGGCUUCCAAGCGGAAUCCUCACUACCAGACCUUGGAGCGGGACCUGAUUGAAUUACAAGAACAGCAGCUGUUUGAACUUUUUGUUGUAGUGUCUCUACAAAAGAAACCCUCAGAACAAAGUUAUGUUCCCCAAGUCAUACAACAGUUCCCUAGUAAGGGUGAUCAUAGUUUUAAGCAGUCCAAAGAUACGGAAGAGAGGCUCAAAGUUAUCCCAAAAUUUUGUUUUCCUGAUUCAAAGGACUGGAUGCCAACCUCAGAACUCAGGAGUGAAACUUUCUCUUUUGUCCUGACUGGUGAAGAUGGCAGCCGGUGGUUUGGUUACUGUAAGAAGCUCUUGCCAGAAGGCAGAGGGCAGCGGCUCCCUGAGGUAUACUGCAUGGUUAGUCGCCUGGGCUGCUUCAACCUUUUUUCAAAGAUUCUAGAUGAAGUAGAAAAGAGAAGAGAAAUGUCUCCAGCCCUGGUUCAUCCAUUCAUGCAGAGUGUCAUGGAGGCUCCUUUUCCAGCUCCUGGACGAACCAUCACAGUUAAGAGCUACCUUCCUGGAGCUGGAGAUGGGUCGAUUGAACUCUGCCGACCCCUGGAUUCUCGACUGGAGCACGUUGAUUUUGAAUGUCUCUUUAAGUGCUUGAGUGUGUGCCAUCUCAUCCGCGUGUGUGCUUCUCUUCUUUUGGAAAGGAGAGUCAUCUUUGUUGCCAACAGUCUUAGCACCUUGUCGAAAUGUGGCCAUGCCGUGGUAGCCACCCUGUAUCCAUUUACAUGGCAGCACACCUACAUCCCAGUCUUGCCAGUGUCUAUGAUUGACAUUGUGUGCUCACCUACCCCCUUCCUCAUUGGAAUCCUGUCUUGCUCCUUACCACAGCUUCAGGACUUACCCAUUGAAGAGGUACUGAUAGUUGAUCUCUGUGCAGACAAGUUCUUACAGGAGGUAUCUGAUGAGGAUGAAAUCCUACCACCUAAACUCCAGGCUGCUCUGAUGCAGAUUUUGGAAGAGCGAAAUGAAAUUUUGACCCAGGAGCAGAAUUUUUCACAAGAAGUGACACUCAACUCUCUGGUGUCAGAAGCUUUUGUCCGGUUUUUUGUGGAGCUGGUGGGACAUUAUUCUUUGAGCAUGACUGUCACUGAGCGUGGGGAGCGUGUGUUUCAAAGGGAGCCGUUCCGUAAGUCCCAUACCUCUCGAAGUGUACGCCACUUCCUGGAUCUCUUCAUGGAAACACAGAUGUUCGCAGGAUUCAUCCAGGACCGAGAGCUGCGGAAAAGUGGGGUGAAAGGUUUGUUUGAGGUCCGGGCCCUUCAAUAUUUGGAAACAAUUCCUGAGUCUGAGCCCAGUGGGGUGAAUAGAAUUUUGCGGAGUCUUGGAAGUAAAAUGAAAUUUUUACAGAAGAAAUGA